AUUUUUUCAGGUAGCAGAAGUAACAUAAAGAUAUGUACAUUUAGAGAACAGUUUUUUUGAAAAGAAGUCCAGCAUGGCGGAUUUAUUUUUGCCCCCUAUGACCCCAGCUACUCCUAAUCAGGAUGUAACGUUGGGGUUUUCGGGGUCAGAUAACUACUCGUUGGUUGGGGUUAGCGAAGAAGAUGACCCAACAUUGGCGUGGGUGAGGUCCCUACCGUCACCCGGGAAUGCUGGAACGUCAAAUGAUCGAACGAGCGAAAACAGAUUUUUGAACCGAAGUGCUCCUCUAAACACCGAACGUUUUUUGGAGACACCAUGUCCGGUUUUUGACGCUUGGGGUGGGGACGGAAGAAGGGACAGAGGGUCAAAUAAAACACGGAGAAACAGCACGGUGUCUGUAGGACCUCCUGGUAUUAUCGCGUUUGUAAAAGACCUGGAUGUAAUUGAAGAGGAAAAUCAACAGAAUGUUAAUGGUCGUGCCAAGAACAUUAUUGACCAGGAGAAAAUGGAAGAACAAGCAGAACAGGUAAUUCCGCCGACAAAUAAAGGCAACGAUGUGGCGUUUGAUCCUAAUCACAGAAAAAGUGGGAAUAUUAGUUUGGUAAACGUACAUGGUGACUCGCUUGAAGAUGUGUUAGCGCUUGCUACAAGGAACGCAGGCAUUAGUGGGGAUUUUAUUGAACGCGAAAUACAAGACGACCAGGGAAAUAUUGAAACAUCUGUCACAGAUACUGAACAAGUUACUAAUUCUGUUGAAAGUGAAUGUGUAUAUACUAAACCAUGGGGCGACGGGUUUGAACCUAUACCCCAGCGCUCAAAUGGUGCAGACGUAACCGACUUUCAGCAAGCCGUGCAGUGCAACUAUCCGAGAAUUUAUGAGGAUCUACCAACUAGCUCAGUGCCGCCGCCUAUUCAAUAUGACUCUAACCGACCACUCAACACGUCAGAUAAUCUUUCUGUCGUUUACGGAGAACAAGAGAGCGCAAAUAUACCGAAUACGACAGCGGGCCAACAAAAAUCCUUGGAUCCGCCAGAAACUCAGACAAGAAAACGUAAAGCAUCUACAGAAAAUUAUUUUCCGCACAAACUCAGCGAUCGCAAACUGGUCACAAUAAAUGGUGACGUCAUUGGGUCACGUGAGACAGUAGCGGGUUCAGGAGUGAUGACGCCAAGCUCGGAAAUCAAUGAAAGGUCAGCCUCGGUUGGAAGCAGCGUCUGCAGCAGCUUCACGCAAGAAAUGCUUGUCGCGCAAGAAAAGAAAAUGCCAGAUAAGAAACUGCUUGGUGACAUCGUGCGGCGAUAUUUGCGAAAGCGAGAAGACAUGAAAGUUGUGAUACUACACGCGAAAGUCGCACAAAAGUCGUAUGGAAGCGAGAAGAGAUUCUUCUGCCCCCCUCCGUGCGUCCACCUUCUCGGCACUGGUUGGAAAACGAAACAGCGUCGAAAGAUGACGUCAUCAAGUGCGUCACCAAUGCCGUCACCAUCGCCAUCUACGUCAUACGCCUCUCAGCCCUCUACGUCACUGGCUUCAGAAGUUUGUUUGUUCGUUGGAGUGGGCGGAGGUGAAAACGAACUGCAACAAGUUUUCCUGGACCCCCCAGCAAAGAACUAUGCUGCUGCAAAAACACUGCACACACCAGACUCCGACAAACGCAAGCACUUUGAAAUCCAUGUAAAGAUGUUUUACGGAGACGGUUCAGAAAUCGGAUUAUUUCACUCACAAAGAAUCAAAGUAAUCUCCAAACCAAGCAAAAAGAAACAGACUGUUAAAAAUACAGACCUGUGCAUACCAUCCGGUAGCAAGGUGUCGCUGUUCAACCGACUUCGAUCACAAACAGUUUCCACGAGAUAUCUGCACGUCACUAAAGAUGGUUACAGAGCAAGCGCUACUCAAUGGGGUGCUUUCGCCAUUCACUUAAUUCACGAAAAUCAACCGGAAGCAAACGAGUUCGAGGUGCAUGAUGGGUACGUGCAUUACGGGACGUCGGUUAAACUUGUGUGUUCCGUCACCGGUUACGCUCUACCGCGCUUGGUAAGUGUUUACGUCAUUCGUGACGUCAUUGAUUUCGCGUCAACAUAUUUUUCGAACAAUAUGUUGUGUUUGCAGAUAAUACGCAAAGUAGACAGACAGAUGGCAAGCGUAUUGAGCGACGAACCUGUAUCUCAACUCCAUAAAUGUGCAUUGUACUUGAAGGACACGGAUCGUCAAUAUCUUUGUCUUUCACAGGAAAAGAUUAUCGUUCAUAAAGCGACCCAGAGCACGAAGAAUCCUAGCAUGGAUUGUCUGAGCGAUGGCGCUUGCUGGACGAUUAUAUCAACGGAAAAAGCGGAAUACCGUUGGAGUGACAGCUCGUUUAAUCUGGUUAAUAAUGUACCAGUGACUCCUGUGCCGGUAGUGAAAAAUCUAGAGAUAAACGGAGGUGGCGAAGUGGCGAUGGCGGAAUUUACAGGAACAAACUUUGCACCGAAUCUCACAGUUUGGUUCUCAGAUGUAGAGACAGAAACUAUGUUCAGGUGUUCUGAAUCCAUAAUGUGCUUCAUACCCGACAUAUCAAAGAUACAGAAAGGCUGGAAAUACGUGAAGAAAACAGUUAAAGUUCCGUUACUCCUUGUCCGGGACGACGGUGUAAUUUACCCAUGUGGGGUCAAUUUCUAUUAUACCCCCGAACCGGGUCCGAACGCUCCUAAACACCCUUCUAUAAAAGAAAUUUUGAAACAGAAAUCGACUAUUCAGUUUGACUGACACUUGAUUUUAGAAAUUAUAAAAUCGCCACAGUGUUUUCAAAUGUGCAAUCUAACUUCUACUGAUUCAAUGCAUUAAUGUUGCAAUGACAUUUGCUAUCGUGAAUUUAACAAUAGACAAGUACUAA